AUGCAGGUCAUUCACCUUGACUAUCCGUUGUCACCCGAACACCCCUAUCCUGAAGCCAUUGAUGCGCUGUUUGAUGUUUAUCUGCUGUUAUUGGAGCAAGGUAUACAAGCCAAAGAUAUUAUUUUAUCGGGGGAUUCAUGUGGUGCAAAUUUAGCGCUAGCCUUAGCACUGCGCAUUCGUGAUGAGCAACGUCCUCAAGUCAGUGGACUAAUUCUACUUUCGCCGUUUUUGGAUUUAAGCUUAACCAGUGAGUCUAUUCGCUAUAACAGCAAGCUCGAUGCACUGUUAUCCAUCGAAGCCCUUGAAACAGGCAUCGACUAUUAUGUUCCAGAGCAAAUUGACCCAGCGGACCCGCUCGUUUCACCUUUAUUUGAUGAUUUAGCAGACCUCCCGCCGACCCUUGUACAAGUCGGUUCGAAAGAAAUUCUCUUGGACGAUGCCCAGCGGUUUAGAGAUAAAGCGACCAAGGCCGGCGUAGACGUGACAUUUAAACUAUACACAGGCAUGUGGCAUAACUUUCAAAUGUUUAAUGCAUGGUUUCCAGAAGCUAAAAUGGCAUUGGAUGACAUCGCAACGUUUGCUCAAGCGCUCGACCAAGACUAG